UUGAUUCAAAUCAAAAUGUGCAUAACGUUUCUGCUUCUUAAAUUAAUUAUUGGUUAAUAAUUGUAGUGCGUUCUUUUUAAAACUCUCUGUUGUGAUUAAUAUGUCAUCCAGUGUCAUGUGUGUUUAAUCUAAUCUUGAAGUGAAUAGCUCAGAACAACCCUUUAUUUACUUCGGAGCCAUGGUCAUUAUGGUUACGGUUGAGGUUAAUUCAACUGGAUAUUACAAUUUCCAAGUUACUUGCCCUAUUUUACAUGCUUGACUAAUGACUACAUUAUUGAAUAACUAUUUUCAAAAUAUUUAGAGACAAUUCUUUCUUCAUCCAUACCAAAAAGUCUAAGCUAGGCCUAUAUGCCAUAUUUUAUUAUGGGUAGUAAAAUUAACAUUGAUUCAAUUUGUUUAAUAAUUUGUAUGGCACAUUUUCUAGUAAUUAGCUGAUGAGCUUAUGCUGAACUUCUAAACAAAGAAAAAUGGAUAGUGAUUCAUCUCAAGAAUUAAGUGAUGAUUGGACUUUAGCAAAGAGAUUGAAGUAUGAUGAUCCUGUUCAAUUUCACACUUUAGUUAGAAUGCACCUGUCAUUUGUUUUGGAUUUAAAUACUGACGAUUGUGAUAGCCAGCCUGAAAAGUCCAAGCUUAGGUCACUGAAAUGGAGUUUUGUACCAUUCACAAAGAAAAUAAAAACAACAGGGAAGAGUCAAGAAGGAAUGCAAUUGACAAAAGAUGGAAUGUCACAAGUAUAUCAACUUAUAGAAUACCUCAGCCAAGAUGAAAAUGUGGUUCAAGAAGGAAUAUUCAGAAGAACAGGAAAAUUAACUCGUCAACAAGAAUUGAAAUCACUACUCAACAGUGGUGCAUUGGUUGAUUUUGGUGAAAGUUUAUAUUCAGUUCAUGACUGUGCUUCGGUUCUCAAAACAAUACUAGCUGAACUGCAGGAACCUUUACUGACAGAAACUUACUUUCCAGCCUAUUGUCAAAUAGCAGACCUCUGUACGCAAAAGCCAAAUGAUGACCGUUUACUACAAGCUUUGCAACUUCUUUUCUUAUUGCUGCCCUCUGAAAACUGGAAAGUUUUAAGGGAUAUUAUGGAACUUUUGCACUUGGUCGCGAGUCAUGAGAAUGAAAAUAAGAUGUCUGCUGACAAUCUGGCAACGUUGUUCACACCACACCUGCUCUGUCCCAGGAAGCUUCAGCCGGAAGCGUUCCAUGCUACUUCACAAAUGCUAAGCAAAGUAGUGGCAUUUAUGAUAUCAGCAGGACCUGAGCUCUUCAACAUUCCUUCUUCUCUGGCUACAGAUAUUAAGAUGUACUGGGAAAGAAGAAAACGGUCUCCUGAGAACUUUCUGAAUGAAAGCAGUGCUGCAACAACAGUGUUCAGCUUUGUGGACCGAGAGAGAACUGCGCAGGAGAAUACAACCAAUCCUACAGAGGCAGCUCUCGCACAGCUGUAUGCUCACAUUCAGUCUCUCCCAGAGAGCAGCAAGAAGCGGCGACUGGUCAAACAGUUCAAUCGGGAAAAUGGCAAUGGCACACCCAACAACAACAGGGCACGUAGUAUUGGAGAUUCUAUCAAGAAACACAUUUUCAACAAAACCGUGAAGCCUGCAAGAGGCUUUUGUGAGCUUGGACAGUUGAAAAAGAGAUCUUGUAGUGAAGAGAUUCUGAAUAGUCCAGAAUCAAAAACACCAAAAUGCUUCCAAAGGUUAAAAUCUGGCAAGAGUUGUGACAAUAUUGAAGCCGAACAGUCAUCCUCGCCUCUAAAUGAAAGGAUUGUAGAAGACAUUGAUGUAUCGAAGCCUAAAGUUGAACUAGAAGACAAGCCAGAUGUUUCCAUCCUCAAUUCUCCUGUUCCUAUUCCUGAAAAGGAAAACAGUCCGUUUUUCACCCCUUGUAACCCUAGUUUGAUGAAGCACCGAAAGUUGUCUGAGACAAUGAUGACUCCUCGUAGUCGCAAGCCUGUGGUUGCUGUCUCCGCCUCAAACAUCUGUCACUUGGCCAACCUCACCUGGGGACUCAAGGAUGACCCUUCCUGGGACCAGGAUGACAGUGAUACGGGAGAGUCACUGGCUGGAGCCUUCAAGGAGUAUCUGUCCAGUCGCAGUGUGUUGACAGCCAGUCCUGUGGACCUAAGCUUCUCUAGCAGAACUGGAGAUUACGACCCUUCCUCUGAGGGGAGACUUGAAGACUUAUCACAUGAUGAAAUCCCUCACUCCCCGCUCAGCGAAUCUCUGCUCUACGUUCUCGAUGGAAACCUUCCUAAUGAGUCAUCGGAUUCCUCCGGUUAUAUUGAUGGACGACACAGGAAACGUGGAGCGGAGGUGAGCGGAUUCAUACCAAACAAACGCUUCGGUCCUGAAAUGUCUGGAGAAAGCAGUGGACUAGGGACAGAGAACUCCAAAGAGACUCCACAUGAAACUAGUUUAUAGCAGUUACAUAUAUAAAGUCUUGUAUUUGUGGAAACUUAUAGAAUACACAGAGUAAUCCCAAAGGUAAUUUUAAGCAAUUAACUACUGUCUCUGACUUUUGUAAAUAGUUAUGUGCCAUAAAGUAUUAUGGGUUAUUUAAUAAUGUAUAUUAUAGGAAAUUUCAAUUAUUGAAUAAAACAUGUAUAACAGAUGUGUCAUUAUAUCUUAUAGUUUGAGGUAUAGUAUUACUAAACUAUGUAAAUAUGUUACAUAAUAUCUCAAGGAGUAUUAUAACUGUUGCUUUAAAACAUUUUACAAUGACAUUACAGUUUGACAAUAAAUUUUAACUGUG